AUUCGGAUCAGCCCUAGCCUCUUGCGCGAGGGCUGACUCUUUGUUCCAAUUGGUGAAUUCCUCAUGUGGACGAACUGUCAACCAAUCCCAGAGCAGGAGGCGGGUUUUCCAGAAUACGGGUGAGGAAAAAUAAUGCAACGGAGGAACUCGAGAAAGAAGAUGGCUGCGAAAGGGGAAAGGGAUUGAGCUAUCACAGAUUUUGAUGGUCGAGGACAGUCCCCGUACUGAAGAAGACGGAAAGAGAAAGCGAAUCGUACUGGAGCGAGACCAGUGGCCUGUCUGAUGUUGUCUUCCUCUGUCGUUAGGUGUUAUUCGGUUGAAGACCAGAGCCGUUUGCCUGUAGCUAACUGCAGAGCCAAGACUAGCUAACAGUUAUUCCUUCAAUAAUAUUGGCACGUCCAGUGAGCCCGGCUCCGAGGAAAGCAGCUUUAAUCAGGAAGGAUUGUAAUUGUCAUCUGAAGCGGUCAGUUUCUGGAAAGAACCCGCAGCAUUUCAUCUUCAUUAAAGACAGAUCAUCUACUCCGUCUUGGAUGCCCUGACGAUACACCCCAAAAUUCAUCAAUACAGUGGCUUUCAGGGCUUUCUCAGUGACUGUGUGGUCUAGAAAACGAACCCAAACCACCAAACAAAACAGAUGAGUGUGAACAGGACCUUGGGAAGGUGGGAAGAGAGUGCUGUGUGAAGCUCUACCCCAGAACUAUCAGGAGGAUUUUCUACCACAGAUUUCCCUCUCUAUCACAGGAAAUAUGAAGCAUUAGCUUUCUAGGAUACACUGUGCUACAGGUAUGGAGUGGUGUCGGCUACAGACUGGAUGACAUUGCUGACCUGUUUCAGUCCCACAUUCUGACUGUCCUGUUACCGUGACAACCCUUGCUGAGGACACCGGCCGAACUCCGUCCUUUUUAGUCUCUCACCUCCCAUUCUCUCUUGUGUACCUGUACACACUCUGUCUUUGGCUGUUUUGUGUUACUUGCUCCCUUCCUUCCCCUCUUUCCCUCUCCUCUCCUCUCUUCUUUUCCCUUCCUCCUCCUUUUCUUUCUCCCCUCCCUUUCUCUCCUGAUCAUCCCCUCUGUCCUGGAAGAGCCCUACUUCAAGAAUUUUGAACUAAGACCUAGAAGCUAAGAUGAGCUGGCUGAGUCGUAUAACUCCCAGGGGUCCAGAGGGGCGGAAUAGUCGCAACGUUGCCCCAUCUAGCCCGUGCACUGCCGACCCCGAGACAUGCUUGAUGGUGUUUGAGAACCAUUGGAGACAGGUGUCAUGGGUAUUAGAGCAAAGGGACUCUACAGCUGGGGGAGCUGAUGAUUUGACAGCAGUGAGGAAUCACACUGAUCAAAUGCUGUGUCUACUCGCAGAGGAAAGACCAGCAGGGGGCGACAGCGAUCCACAAGCUUUUGGCCCUAUUCUGGAGCUGGUGGUGUCUGAGAAUAUCCUGGAGCGACUGGUACAGUGGCAUGUGCGCCGUGGUCUGGACCCUGAUAGUCAAACAGCUCUACUGAAGCUGUUUGAAAUGCUAAUUGGCCAAUCCCAUCAGCCCUUGCUCCAGAACAGCGCUGUGCUGCAGCCACUACUCAUCCUGCUGGGAGCCUGUGUAGACCCUCAACUCGGCUGUCCCCCUAACCUGGAGGCCAGCCUCGUUAUGCUGCUCAACCAGGUUUGUGUGUCCAUGGCAAGGCAGCCUGCUGUGUUGGAGCUGUUGUUUAAGUGUGGGACAAUACAGCAGGGUCCUACAAACCUGCUGAUCUUCUCUCUGCUGGUACCAUUUAUCCAUCGAGAUGGAGCUCUGGGACAGCAAGCACGUGAUGCCUUGCUUUUGGUCAUGGCUACCUCAGCCAGCAACCACGCUGUGGCCCGCUACAUUACUGAGAACUCCUACUUCUGUCCGGUACUAGCAACAGGCCUGAGUGCACUCUAUUCCUCUCUGCCACGGAAGAUUGAGGUGCGUGGUGAUGACUGGCAUGCUCUCCGGAGGGAGGAGUGGAUGGGAGUGUCCUCUCUGGUUCUCUUCAUGAACAGUCUAGAAUUCUGUAACGCUGUGGUACAGGUGGCACACCCACUCGUUCGCUGCCAACUAAUUGACUACAUCCACAAUGGCUUCCUGGUACCAGUCAUGGGCCCUGCCCUGCACAAGUCAUCUGUGGAUGAAAUGAUAGCAAGUACGGCAUAUCUGGACCUUUUUCUACGCAGUAUCUCAGAAAAGUCCCUCCUCAAGACCUUUCUUUGCUUCAUACUGCUGCAUCGUCAUGACAACGACACAAUCCUCGAUACACUGCUCACACGCAUCAGCAGCAACUCACGGCUGUGCAUGGUCUCUCUCAGUCUUUUCAAGACUUUGCUCUCCCUCAACUGUGAAGACCUCAUGCUCCAGCUUGUUCUCAGGUAUUUGCUGCCCUGCACACAUGUGAUGCUGAGUCAACGCCGUGCAAUCAGAGAGACUGACCUCUACGGCAAAUCAGCCGAUAAGUUCCUGUCUCUCAUCCCAGAAUGCUGCCGAAUCACCACAGCAGCCUGUAAUGAAAAGGAGGAGGAACCUGCCUUCUGGGGAAAGGUGUUGGGAAGCCCCACUUCAGAGUCACCUAUUCAUGCCAAGCCUAGCACUCCAUCCCGCUUGGCUCUCUUCAUUCGCCAGCAAAACACAGGCAACCCGUCCUCCACUGCUGCUGCCUCUGACAACACUCCCUCCUCUCCUCGGGGCAGCAUUUCUACACCAUCUCCCAAUAGCCCCAUGCAUCAGCCUCCAGAUGCUUCAGAAACUGAGUCUGGUUACCUGGAGUACCUCAGAGAUGCACGGCGGGGGAUUGAGCUCUGCUCAUGGGCCUGUCGGAACUGGUCAGCCCCUUAUGAUGGAGAAAAUCCUUCCCCCAACUCUGCACCACCUCCUCCACAGCCUCCCACAUCCAACCCGUCUCUCAAUAUGGUGCCUGAACACUUUUCCAUGCAGCAAAGCGGGCUUAAAGACAUGCAGCAGAGGGCAGCCAUAGUGGCAGCAGCACGUGCAGAGUGGAGCAGCUCAGAUCGAAACAGUGGAGAGUGGGAUGUAACAAUCAGUAAGAACUGCAUCAGCCUCACACCUCGCAGCAAGAAACGCAGCCUGUUGCCCAAUUCUGUCUCUCUGCAGCCAUCAUCAUCAUUGUCAUCAGCAGUUCCCCCAUUAGGGGCAGGAGAACCUGCUGGUCGGCAACCACACACACUUCCACAUCGAGCACUCUAUAAUGGCACAGUAAAGGCAGAUGAGUGUGUGGAUAUGUCUGAUGGAGGGAUGGAGGUGAAGAAGGUAAAGAGAGAUGCAGAUGCUAGUGGAGGAGUGGAAGAAUUGGGCAUGAAUGGAAGGGUGGGUAUUGUAUCUACAGAAUCCAGUCUUCCUUUGCAGGGAGAGUAUAGUUCAGCAAUGAAACCAUCUCAGGUGCAAACUUCUGCGCUUCCACAGCCACAGAUGAGCCCGUCAAACUUGCAGUUCUCAUCCCAGGAGUGUAAGUCCACUGAGGGACCGAGAGCUACUCCAGCCUUGAGCUCAGCUGACGCUUUCAUCACCACAAGCUGCAGCAGCCCAGGGCUGGAGUCAGUUGAGAGCCUGAUCGAUGAGCUGAUAGAGCAAGCACCAUCUGAACCACUGUCAGAAGACCCCAAUGGCCAGGGCAUCAGCAUUGAAGCAUUCCACCAAGAGCUAAGAGAACUAGAAGAGCGAGUAAAGGGAAGGAGAGUUCACAGACGAAGCACUGAUGACUUCAUUCACGAUCCCUUAUCUAAUCCUCCUGAUUCAAAUCGGACAGAUGAGGAGUGCCCUUCAUUAGAGACUGAGCAGGUAGCUGAAGAAUCAAAGCCUGAAACCUCCACUCCAGCAAUGUUUAGCCCAGCACGACCACUUGGACAGCCGCAAGCACAGCCAUACAUAGGUCCCUUUUUAACGGUCCUCUUUUCAAAGCUGGAGAACAUGAUGCAAAAUUCCUUGUAUGUGAACAUUCUGCUGACAGGCAUCAUGUUUCAGCUUGCUUGCUACCCUCAGCCUCUCCUCCGCUCCUUCCUUCUUAACACAAAUAUGGUGUUCCAGCCUAGUGUCAAGUCUCUCAUACAGGUGCUUGGAUCUAUAAAGAAUCGUAUUGAAGCCUUUGCUGCAGUGCACGAGGACUUUCCAGCUAUGCUGAGGAAGGCUCGGCGCUUCCUUGUCACACGAGGCAAACUAGACUGGACAGAUUCGCCCACGGGAGUACCUCCUCUCCGCCGAUCAGACUCAAUGGUAAAGAGUCGGAAGCCAUCACUGGGCGAGCUGAUACUGAGGCAUACUAACAGUCCAACGCGAGCACGCCAUGCAGCUCAGGCGGCUCUGGCACAUGUCAGGGACGGUGGCCAUUCUCUGCACAGCGCUCUGUUCCGCGGCGUGGUGGCUGGAACUGGAGCUUCUAGUCUGGAGAAACAGGCAGAGGCACUGCGGGUGAAGAACACUGUUUACUGUGCUGUCAUUUUCUCUGAGUUUCUUAAGGAGCUGGCAGCUUUGGCACAGGAGCAUGCAGUGGCCAUGCCCUUUCCACCCAGCCAGGGCACUGAGGAGUGACAGACACUGUGCCCAAUCUUCCACACAGUUUUUAAAAGGAAAAAGAAAACAAGCGUGUGAGGAUAGGUGUAAUGUAUGUUUAUAAUUUUUUUUUAAAAUUGUACAGGAUAUGUAAGAGCUUAAUUGUUAAAGCUUUAGAACGUUGUCAAUAUAAAUCUUGUAUAUAUUCUAUAUAAAAUAUGUGUAUAAUGUUUUUACACAUUAUGCUCAGAGCAACUUGCUUUAACAUGGCUGUACACAGGCACUCCCUAAAGCAAAUCUUUGGUGUUAUUUCGCUACAUAUCAUUUUUUUUUAUGUAAGAGGCAUGCUGCUUUGAUCUUUUUAUAUUAUUAGGUCUGUGCCGAGUAAUUCUAUACAAAGAAUCUACUGAAUAAUAUAAACAAAGCGCCGUAAAACCUGCACAUUUAUGUUAUUUGUGUAGAAAUUGAAUAGGGAAUUGAUUUUCACAAUGUGGCUUGAUUGUCAAUAACCAUAAUAAGGGCCUUGCCAGCAGGCCUGAACGAUUACUACGUACAACCCCUUUUAUCCAAACAACGUGAGGGAAAUGACAACAUGCCAUUGAAUUCUUACAACACCUACCCUUUAAGUAUCAAUAUUUUCAAGUCUUGUCCAAGUAGUACAGUUGUUAAAACAGGAUUGGUGUAACUAAGUUGAAAUAUAAGUCUAUAACUGAGUGUUAUUUCUCCUUUUUAUGAAAAGGAAAGAAAAUCUGUCAUACAAGCUACAAUUAUAAAAUUAAUGUGGAACGCUGGCCAGUUAGCUGUCGUGAAUUAUACAGUGUCCUACUCACUGAAACCUUGGGUGCAUUUGUUGUCUACUGAGAAUGGAGUCUUUGACACUGAGCACACAAGCUGCCUGGUAAAACAUUGCUUAGUUAUUUAUAGUAUAUGAUGGUCAAUUGUGUGCCAUAGUCUAAGUAUUUGAAAAGAUACUGCAGACAAAAAAUAUAUAGGUUUUUAGAACUUGUUUCACCUAACAAGCUCGCUCGCUAGCUAGUCCGAAGGAAGUCAUUGCCUAAAUAAAGCACAUUUUUAAUAUAAUUCAAUAUAAUGUUCUUUAAUAUAGUAAUAUAGGGUAAUUUCUUAUUCACAGAAAUAAAUGUGUUAGGCUUGGUACACUGCAUUUUACAGGUUUCAUAUAAAUUGCCAUCUUCCAUCGGUGAUUUCCAUAAAGAUUCCCUAAGAUUUUAUAUGAUGUAUUUGCAUUAUUUUUUGCUGAAUAUUUUAGUGACCGGACAUGAAAAGAAGAAUGUAACACAUUGAUGCAAAAUUGUGACUUGUUAUAAUUCUCUUACCAAAUUUAACAUCUGUUACCAAAAUACAAAAAUAUCACAAACCCAGAUAGAAUGCCACUAAUGUACGUCACAAAUGUAUCCACUGUUUCAGUGAGUAGUUACACUAUAGGGGGAAACUUGGAGAGUUAACCAGUCAAGUAUGAUCAUCUCAAAGAGUCUGUUCCUAGAUACAUGAUCUCAGAGGGUUAAAAAGAGGUCACCAAAAGAGCAUACCACAAUAGAAAAGUGCAUGCUCCACUUUUUAUGUUCCUUUUGUCAAAUUAUAUUUUAUUCCAAGUACAGUGGCUUGAAUAUCCUGACUGACUGGAGGUGGUCAUGAGAGACUGUGUGAAAUGGCACAGGAAAUUGACUGGAAAGAGAAUAACAACAGGAGGAGGAGGGAUAAUCAUAGCAACAGGAGAAUUAGAUUUUUGAAAAGGCACUGAUCCUUUACUGGCUCUUUAUGGUGCUCCAUUUAGUUUCUGAAUAAGUGGGCCAUUUAGUUUCCCUGGUGGCCGGUUUCGUAGAUGACGAGACAGUCAGGUUUUAGGCGAGUUCCAGCCUGUGCAGGGAAUGUGCCAAGUUCAGAGAAGCAGAAGCCAUCUCAGUGUUGAAGCAGGCAGUAAGUUCACUGUAUGUUUUUUAGUUUUAGUUUAUUUGGGAUCCCCCCCCCCCCCCCCAGGAGAAUUUAGUACUCAUUGUGAAGGUACUGCAUGUGCUGAUGUAUGUGUGGGUGGUUUGUUCUCCCAAUACAUUUUUUUUUCUUCUUCUUUUAUAUUGUUUUAUUUUUUUUAAAUAUGUACUGACUGUGCGGGCAAUUUAGCUAAAAUCUACCUUGAUUAUUUCCAGAUUAUUCACAGCCAUAGAGACAAUGUCACAUUUUCUGUACACUUACUUUAACGUUCUGUACACAUGUUAAUGUUCCGAAUCAGGUUUUAGAGUUGUUCCAUUCAAUGAAAGAAAAAAAAAAGAGAGAGGUUUUUGUUUUAGACCUGUAAAUUGAAUCACGUUUCAUUUUCAAUAGUUGUAUGUGUGUAAAAUGCUGGUUAAAUUAAGAAGAUGGAUGUAAAAGUUGCAACUUGGACUCUUAUCCACUUAUCUAUCAGACCAUCCGUUUGUCCCCACUUAGCCAUCUGCCCUAAUUGCUAUCUUUUACAAGCAAGCUUUUCUUUGCUCAGACUUUGAAUUAGUCCAUUGGGGUGAUUGCUUUCCAGAAAUGCAUUGCGUAGUUAAGCAUCGUUUCAGUCUUUCAUAUUUUUACUUAAGCACCAGUUCACAUUUUGUGUUUAUUUGUUUCAAGUGGUGGCAAUAUGGUUUAAAUAUUCAUCUAAAAUUUUAACUGUCCUUAAGCCUUUGUUCAGGGUUUCUGAAAUCUGUCUAUAUGCCAGGUUCUUACUGAGUCAUCACUUUGAAGGUGCUCCAAAACGUUGACAGGAGCUAAAAUUUCUUUAGGAGUGAUGUUAUGCCUUUGGCUGUGGUUUGUGUAAGCAUGUAAGGCAUGUAUUAAAGCAAAGAGGUGAAUAUUAAACAGCUGUUUUAGGAACAACAUCAGGAGCUGCGGUGCCAAUUAUUGCCUAGUAAACAGCUUACUGGCCCUCUUUGGUGUUUUUAGUGCUAUUUAGAUAUAUUUUUUUUUUAAAAAUGUAAAUGGGGCACAGUUGUGUACAUACCCUGAAAAAGUGCCAGUUUUGUGUUUCAGCCUCAGAGGCUACACCAGUGCACAUGGCUCCAGGAGGCUUGACCUCUAGAUUAUCUAAAAUAUUUUAAAACUGACAAAAAUGGAAAAACACUGCUAGAGUAAUGAAGCUUUUUGACAAAGUAAUUGCUUGUUCUCAGUCGCUGGCUAUAGGAUUUUGGGAAAUGUCUGUGUGUAAUUUCAGUGGAAUCCAGAAAGGAUUUUGAGGUUCAUUUUUAUUCAUUAACUAUUAUUUCUUUCCUUUUUUUGAUCUUGGCUGCUUUUCCUUUAAUUGGUGAAGUGUUGUCCAUGUGUUUGCGUGCUUGUUAUCUAUGCAAACCUGCUCCCGUUGCUCUUAGUUUUGAAAUGUUUCCGCUUUUGUGUACACGCACAGUAAUGCUUAAACUUGGGGAAUUUCCCCAAACCCCCCCAACCCCCCCCCUUUUUUCUUUAACAAUUCACAGAACUGUAGGGAAACAAAUGUAAAAUGAUGAAUGUUGCCAGAAAUAUUUUUCUAUAUAAAUCCUGAUGAGUAUAGCUGAUCUCAGUAGGGGAAAUCAAUGGUUACACUUUAAAAAUCUGUAAAACACUAAAAGGGAAUGUUUUUUUUUAAUUAAUUUAUAAAUGUUUUACUUA